GAAGAACACCACAACCUUCCAACUUUCUUACACAUUAUUAUUCACCUGUGCUGUAUAAUCCUCCGGGUUUAGCGCUUCCCCCUUGAUUAUAAUAUAAUUAUAAUUAUUCACCUGUGGUAACGUGUGCAAGUAUAUCUUGUAUUCACAACUGUGUAUUUGACAACUUCUACUACAAGACAUUCUGUUUUUUUUAUUUCUACAAGUAUAUACUUAGCUGAUAUCAAUAACAUAUAUGGUUAUUUCACCCUGAAUAACUUAACAAAGUCAAGUAAUAUAUGGCUUAAUUUCCACCGGGGUUCAGGAACUACCCCAUCCAAUAGUUUUAAUUAAAAUUGUGCAUAAACUGAAGACAAUCAUUACGGUGGGAAAAACUUAAUGUGGUCUGAAACUAACCAAUUUUUUUUACGUGAAAAAGCUAUUAACUAUUUUUCUAUAUAUCUGAGUGUAGGUGGACUGAAAGACUGUUACUCAAGAAAAUAAUUCGGACUGUGUGAAUUGGGUGUAUUAGGUCCUAUUUAUAAGAGUUGUAUAUUUUUUGGGUGUAACUAUUGAUAAUUAUUAUACAAAUACAUUACGAUAUAUGUAAGUAAUUUUGGUUCAUCUUACAUAUUGCAAACAGUAGUGUACAAAAGUGACAUUAUGAUAACUUAACCUAGGAUAUCCCCACAAUUUUCCAGAACUAAAGUUUCCAUCAGGGUUAAGAUUUUGUUCAGAUUUUUAAUCCUAUUUAUCAGUUGAGGAUGUUAUCAACCAAGCCAUGAGCACUGUAUUGUCUAUCUUAUAUGGACUUGCAAACAGUUAUAAUUCAUAGGUAUUAUUCUAGGUCAGCUUCCAUGUAGGUAUAGCACUUCUCAUUUUGAUUAUAAUAAUUAUUAAUCUACAUCAGCUUACAUCUAUUUGUAUAUGUCUACAGUCUUCUGGUAUUAUAUUUUGGCACUUCCUUACAUGUAAUAUUAAUAAUAGUAAUAAAAUUGUAAUCUAGGCUAAGGUUUACAACUACAUCUCAAAGGAACUCGGGCAUUAGUUUACAUUUUACAAUGCAUGCAGCCGGUGUGCACCAUGAAAUAGAUGAGCAUUUAUUGAGGAAAUUGUUUUGCUGGGAGAUAUUAACAAAAUUAUUAUAUUAAUUUUGGUAGAGGAAUGUGUCAGAGCCAAUCACUGUUUAGUAUUAAGUCGCAUCACGCUGGCUGAACGUAAGAAAUACGUGCCAGUAUUGAUGGUCAGGGUAAGGUUAAGUUACGUUACGUUAUUUAGGUUGGUUUCGUUAGGCUUGGUUAUGCUUUUUACCCUUGUGCACCCCUCAAGAAAGGGUCCUUGAUGCUGGUGAGCGGCUCUUGAUCUAGGGCAUUGGAUUUGUUCUCCAGUUCCCUGAAUUAAGCCAGACUGCCUUCCACAUCCUCCCCACAGGUGCUGUAUAAUCCUAUGGGUUUAGCUCUUCCCCCUUGAUUGUAAUAAUAUUAAUAAUAACUUGUAAUAAUAAUAAUAAUAACUGUAAAACAAAUUUGCAUUGUAUAUGUCAGAAUUAAUGGCCAAAAAUCUGCCAAGUAGCAGUCUGGUACUUUUAUCAUAAUCUAAUAUGUGAGAUAAGAUUUGUUUGGAUUUUUAACCAGAGGGUUAGCCACUCAGGAUAAAGCAAGAAAGUCAGUGUCAUCAGGGACUGUCUUGUCUUAUUUCCAUUGGGAACCUUUUAAUCUUGUCUCCCAGGAUGUGACCCACAGCUGUCAACUAACACACAGGUACCUGCUUACUGCUAGAUGAACAGGGACAGCAGAUGUAAGGGAACAUACCCAACGUUCCCACCUAUGCUGGGAAUUGUACCAAAGGCACUCAAUGUGUGAGGCGAGUGUGCUACCAACCGGUCCAGAUGGAUAUUUAAUAUUUUAACAAAUAGUGCCCAAGUGGAAUAGUGAACAGGGAGAAAUAUGAGACUGCCAUAGUGAAAAGCUGUUGUUCCCCAAGGUACAAUAUUUACCCCUGUUUUCAUGUUCUCAUAUAUGACAGUCAUAAAUCAUAGCACCAUAUGAUCCAUUGUAGACGAUACUAGAAUCUAUAUGAGAGUGACAUCUGUAGAAGACACAGCAAACCUCCAAGCUGACAUAAAUAUAGUCUUCUAAUGGACCAUUAAAUUGCAUAAUGUCAUUUUUCCUAACUACAACGUGAACUUUUCCAAAUCACCCUAAAGCUCUCUGGUGUUCUAAAAGUCUACCUAACAGUGAUCCCUAUGAAAUGUCAGUUUUAACUGAUCUUCCUUAUGACUUCUCUUUAUUUAUGUAAUUUUGACUGUAUAGUACUGUAUUGCUCAACUCUGCCUGGCUCUAAGAAAGAUACUGUGAUACAGUGCUCACCUAGUUAUGGUUGCAGGGGUCAGGUCACAGCUCCUGGCCCCUGGCCACUUGUGUGUGAAACUUUGUCAGUGACUUUCCAAAGUCUAAGUUUAUAUAACUGGAAUUGUACUUCUUAUUAAGUAAACAUUUAUGCUUUAAAUGCAAAAUUAAAAGUACUGCUUGCUUUACUUAGUUUUUAUACAUACAUUGGAACCUGGAUAAAAUAGCAGAUUUGUAUACUAUAUAACCAAUUUUAAAUUAUUCUGGGGAGAUUCGUCAACCAGUAGACAUUAAAGCAGAAUUUUGUUUUAACCCUUAAGCUGUUCAAACGUAGAUCUAUGUUCACGUGCGUAGCACUCAGACCUUGAUUUUCCCCAUUUGAAAGCAUGUAAAAAAAACGUAGAUCUACGUUUGGAGCCCCCCGCACGUGGACGUAGAUCUAUGUUUGGACAGUUUAAGGGUUAAAAUGUCAUUUACCUGUUGUGCUGCUAAGCCCCAUAUAGCACAUACCUUAAUUAGCUCAACGUGUACGUUUAAUGGGGUGUCUGAUUAAAAUAGCCAUGAAGCGGACCAAAUCUGCUCUACUGAACAGGUAUCUGGUCCGGUCAUGCAGUUAAUAAAAUGGGCCAACUCCGUUUAAUCCAUUUGAACUUUUCCCAUGCAAUGUGGCCUAAAUCAGUUUGAUAUUGUCUACAUAUGUGCUCACACUAUCGUCAUUUCAUCUCCAAUUUUCCCUUGUAUUUACAGCAUUUUUAAUAAUUUCAUUAAAGUACAGUGUACAAUUUUAUAAACAAUGACCUUUAAAGUAAGUAAUGAAGCGUGACCUUAACUGUUAAGUAGAAACUUCAGUUAAUGAGGAAGCUGGAGGCUUUUCAUUGGCCUGGGAGUGUGUGAGCAAACAAUUUUUGACGUUUGUAGAAGCAAGGAAAAACUCUUCAUCUGCUGAAGAGGAUCCCAAACGAGGGUCAAAAUAUACAGAUCAAUUGAUUUCCUGAUUUUCUGUAUCCACGUGGGUUAUUAUUGAGCAUUGACAUGUGUUCAGUUACACUUUAGUUUUUCAUAUGCAAUGAAGUACACUGUAGAUUGCUAUCCAUUAAGCCUGAGCCAUCUGUCUCCUCAGCCAUCUACAUUUGCUGAACUAUUUAAAUCUCCCAUGCCAUCUACAUCUCCCUCACCAUCUACCUCUGUCUCCCACACCAUCUGCAGCAUUACUGCUGGAGCUUUAUAGCUCGAGCAGUAAAGCUGGAGCUUUAUAGCUCCAGUUACUCAGAAUGUUAUUCUGGGCUAACACUAAGCCAUAUAGAAAUACUGUACUGUAUAUACAUACAUCUGUAAGCUUAUCUAUCCACUAGAAAAGGUAUGAAAAUUACUGUACUGUACUUUUGUACUAUACUGUACUUUUAACUUUUCUUUUCAAGUACAUUUAGAGGUAAUACUCUAUUGUACUCUAGUUUAUUCUUAGUAUGUCCUUGUAAUCUGUCAAUACAAUGGACUAAGUGUUUUAUUGGCCGUUUGUCAUUGUCUGGUAGUUGAUCUGUUAACUGGACUACAUUUGCUUGAUCAGAUCUUUCAAUAUAAUGGAUUUUUUACUAAAGCAGAUACCCCUUCCCUCUUUUAAUCCAUUUUAUUGGAUGUUCACUGCACUUUAUUAAGAUAUUUUCAUCAAAUCCUUAAUUUUACUUCAGGAGUUGACAGCAAGCCAACUUUUUUUAUAAUUGAAUUGCGGAUGGCAAAAAUGGGGUGCUGUUGAUAUUAUAAUUGCAAUAAUGCACUGUAUUUGUAAUAUAUGCACAGUAUUAUAGUGGAUGUUGAAUUAUGUAAGUUUGCUCAUUAAUAAAAUAUAAGAUAUUCUUUCACAGGAAUUUGUAGCAAAUUAUAUUUCAGAAUUAUGCCUGUAGUGAUUUCAAAGUUCCUAGACAUGAUCAUAAAUUAGUGAGGUGAUGACGGCUAUCAGAGUUACUGCUACAACAGGGGAGAAAGAGAUGUCAGGAUGCCAUUCGGAUGCUUGUUUAAGAGAGAAAAUGCUGCCACCAUGAGUGACAAAGAACGGCGGGCCAAGUUGGGCCUAAAGGUGGUAAUGGCCCAACAGAAUCCUGAGCCCGUAUAUGACCUCACCGAUUGUGCCAUGCUUGAACUUCCACCCGACACUUUUAUUAUGUGUAGAUUGUUGCAGAAAACAGUUCUUUUGUUAAAAGAUAAUUCUUUAACAUCACUUGAAAAAGGAGGUAGACUUCAGGAGCUUGAAGGAUUAGAAUUCUUAGAUCUUACAAAUAAUAAAUUUUCUCAUCUUCCUGAGUCUAUCAAUAAGCUUAAGAACCUCAAGGUUCUGAAACUUAAUAACAAUAAACUGAAAAGUUUACCUUUGUCAAUUAGUGAACUGACAAAAUUAAGUGAACUUUAUUUGUCCUCAAAUAAGUUUUCCAAAGUGCCUGUAAGCAUCUGUGCCUUGCCCAAACUGCAAAUGUUAUCCCUUAGUGGGAAUAACAUCUCUGUACUGCCAAAGGAGUUUUGUAAUUUACAAAGUAGUCUUUGUAAACUGGAAAUUGACUCAGACAAACUUAAGUCUCCACCUCCUGCAGUGGUGGCAGAAGGUACAGAAGCAAUCAUGCGUUAUCUUUGUGAAGAACAUGGGCUCACAUAUGAUGGGAUUUCUGAGUCAAAAGAGGACCUUACAGAGUGUGCCUCUCCACAUGCAUAUACUACAAGAAUUGAGCCAUAUGAAGAUGAUCAGGUAUUUCUUAGCUACAUGUGUAGAAAAGAUGAGAAAGUUAAAGCCCAGUUGGCUGUAGAAGAAGAAUUUCAAGCUAAGGAACAGCAGCAGCUAGCCCAUAUGUUACAGGAUAUGAGUAAUAAUAAACAACAUCUUUUAGAAGGUAUUUCUCAAACUCCUGUAGAAGCCAUGGAGUAUGAAAGAAAGAAACUAAAACUUAUGCAAGAACAGUACAAUAUAGAAGAAAGUAUGCGUGCAGAACAGGCAGAACAGCUGGAAAAAUAUUUGGCAUCAUCAAGUAACAAAGAAUCUUUAAUCAGUGAACUAACUACCCAACAAGCUAAUUUGGACCUUGAAGUGGAAGGUCUGGUGACAGCUAAGGAAAAAGAACGACAUAAUUUAUUAAGAGAUUUGGCAUCUACAGAGCAAGAGACUGCUGCUGCUCUUCAGGAGCUUGUUAAUUCUACUGCCUCUCGGAGAAGUGAGGAGUUUCUGUGCUUGCUUCACGAUCAAGAGCAAGAAAUGCAGUCGUUGCUUUCUGGUAUUGUGGAAGCGGCAUCUGAGCUACGUCAUUCAGAGGUGGUUGCAGCAAUGAAGAGUGUGCUGAUUGAGGAAGCGGCUGCAGAACAACGACGACUUGCUGUGCAAGAGGAACAGGGGGCUCGAGUUUGUGCUCUGCUGGAAGAGGCUGAUCUAGUCAACUCUCAUCUCAAAGGAGUACUAACAUCGCGCUUAGCUGAUCAAGAGGAAUGGGCUUCUACUUUGCUCAAGGAUGAAGAAUGUCAGGCUGCUGCUUUUAGACUACUACUACUCAAAUCUGAUCUACAUCGCAAUAAUAUUCUCAGACAGAUUGGCCAGAUAGAAUAUGAGUUGGCGCGCCUUUCUUCAUUGGAGGUACGAAAGAGGAAGUAUGGUAUUAAAUAUGGGUCGAGCACAAUGUUGGAGCAGCGAGCUACUCUAGUUGGUUUGCUAAAAUCUCUCUUGGAUGAGAAGAAUGAGCGUGAAGCUCAGUUGAUGGAAUGGCUAGCUCAGCUAGAAGACUCUAGAACUCCAGAUGUACCUGAGGAAGAGUUUUGGCUAGUCCAGUAUCAGCGACUUCUGUCUCUGAAACCUGCUGGUUUGGCUGAAGCUGAAGCCCAAUUAGAGCCUAAAGUACGAGAAGUUCUGUGUGCUGCUAAUGCUCUUGAUUUAACACCAGUGUUUGCUCAUAAUUCAAUUACCUUCUCUCGUUUAAUGGAUCUCACAGAAGAGGAUGCGUCAGAAAUGGGUAUUGGACCAGCAACUUAUCGCAGUUUGCAACGUGCUUUACAGAAUCAUUUAGCUGCCUCAAAGCUUCAAGACCAAAUUCCUUCAGCUCCACUUGAAGCAGACUUGCCCUUUGCUCCUUCAGCUCCUGAGAUAGAUAAGAGAGAGAUGCCAAGUAUGCCGGCUUUUGAAGAUGGAGAGGCAGAGGCAUCUGCUCUACCUUUUGAUGGGCAGUUUGUUGAAGCUGAGUGUGUGGUAUGCUUAAAUUCAGCAUGUGAGGUUGUGUUUUUGCCAUGUGGCCAUGUUUGUUCUUGUGCUGGGUGUUGCACUCCACUUCUUAUAUGUCCAAUGUGCAGGUCUCCAAUAAUCAGUAAGAUUCUUCUUACCUAUUAAUUGUGCUCAUAUCUUCCUGAACUUAGUCAUUGCCAAAUAUUAUAGUUACACUUAAAUAUUUCAGAGGCAAGAUGAGCCCAGUGAAUGUUGAAUAUUCAGCUAUUUAAUACGUACUGUGUAAGAAGCAUUUUUUUUCUACCCAAAUGGUCUGAAUGCCAUUUUUUAGUAAUUUUGGAUGGAUUUGUAAAUCUUUCUCAUUUUUCAUGAAGCCUCAUAUUGUUUUAUAGUUUUUACUAGAUAAACUCCUUAGCGUGAAGUGUUUUUAUAAGAAACUUAUUUUAACAAAUGUUAUUAAUAGUAUAUCAAUUUAACUUUAGUGAUUACUUGCAGUCCAGACAAAAUAUUUUGUUAUGGAUAUAGAGGCAUAUUGCCAAGAGGUAUGAGUAUAAUGACACAGUAUAUUGAAUAAGCUUUUACUGGAAAUAUUUUUCAUUCAGGAUUGAGCUUUAUCAGGCUCAACCCUGAAAUAAAUGUAGUCCUAAUAAAGGCUUAUUCUGUAUAUUAUUAUUAUUACAUUUUCUCUUAAAUUGAUACUUUAUUAAUCUUGAAUGCAACAUUGACCUCUUAUUAAGAGUCAGCACAACUCUUGACUGUUACACCCUAUCAUUAGUUGCAUACCCUAUACAAAAUUAAUACUUAAUGUCCAAUUAAAAUAUGGCUUAGAGCUAGUCUAGAGCAUAAAUAUCCUUACAUUAGAGGUACAUUUCAUAAAUAUGAUGCACACACAUUAUUUUACUUUUAUCAUUUAAAUUAGGUUGGUGGGAGCACAUGGACCUGACCUACCAUAACUUUAAUGUUUAAAGUAAAAUAUUACCUUGGUAGGAAAUACACCUUUAACCCUUUCAGGGUUUCGGCAUACGCACCAGGGUUUUUGACGUACUAGUACGCCUAAAUUCUAGCGCCCUCAAAUCUAGUGAGAGAAAGCUGGUAGGCCUACAUAUGAAAGAAUGGGUCUAUGUGGUCAGUGUGCACAGUAUAAAAAAAAUCCUGCAGCACACAGUGCAUAAUGAGAAAAAAAAAACUUUGACCAUGUUUUUGGAUUAAAACAGCGACUUUGCACUAUAUUUUCGUAUGGUAUUUAUUGUUGUAUUCUAGUUUUCCUGGUCUCAUUCUAUAGAAUGGAAGACAUAUUACAGAAAUUGAGAUGAUUUUGACUGAUUUUAUAAUGAAAAGUACCUUGAAAUUGAGCUCAAAGUAGCAGAAAUGUUCGAUUUUUACCGAAGUUCAAAAGUAAAUAAAUCAAGCUAAGCUUGAUUUAUUUACACGUCAACUGGUGAGUCUAAUAUUCUUUCAAAAGUGCGCCGAUAUUAUUUAUACCAUUUUUUACACUACUGCAGUAGUCUGUAUAACAGUAAAUCUUCUAUUUUUUGUGAGAAUAAAAAUUCAAAGUGGAAAGCAAAAGAAUGUAAGAGGGGUGUUGGGACGUGACUAAUGAACAGAGGAAAUGUCAUUUUAGUGCCAGGAAUGUCCUUGUUUAUUCUGGACCCUAUUUGGAAAUUGGCAUCUUUUGAAAUUUGUGUGAAAUUGGCAAAAUUGCUAAAUUCUGACCACUGUAUUGGAUACUUGAAAUCAGUAAAUGGGUGGUUUCUUGCACUCAUUUGAUAGAAAAAAUGGAGUUCUAGCGAAAUAUUCAUGAUUUUUGUCGACUAAUACAGUGGAAUUGGCCGAAAAUAGGGCUCAAAGUGGGCAAAAUCGCCGAUGCGUAAACAUCGUCGAGACCGCUAACUUUGCGAGAGCAUAAUUCCGUAAGUUUUCCAUCAAAUUUCAUACUUUUGGUGUCAUUUUGAUCAGGAAAAGAUUCUCUAUCUUUUCAUGAGAAUUUUUUUUUUUUUUUUUUUUUUUAAUUUGGGCAACCCUGAGAAUAAGUCUGAGAGGGCCUGUGGACCCUGAAAGGGUUAAUGUACAGAUAUUAGUUACGUUCUCUCUUUCUCGUAGCUGUAAGUCAGAUUAUUACUUGAUGAGCAUUGUCACUAUUGUAUUACAUGUGUGAAUGAGGACUGGUAAAUGAGUAGCAUUUAAAGAUUCUUACUCUUUUAGCACAUUUAAGAAGUUAUAAAUAUAGUUGUAUAUACUAUACUAUGUAUGGUAGACUCUCAUAACAUGGUUAUGUUCCUUAAAAAGCAUGUGUUAUGAGAAAUCUGCAUUAUGUAAACGGAAAAAUAUAAGGGAGAAGAAGGAUUAGGUUCUUGGGCCUCCAAAAGAAUCACAGAAGAUUACCUAAAACUAUUUUUCUGUCAUUUAUUUAUUUAUUUAUUUAUUUAUUUGAACACGAUACAGUGAAAUACAAAAGAAUACAGUUAAAUGCAGCAUGCCAAAGCCACUUGAAUGCAUAGCAUUACGGGCAGGCUUAAAAUUAACUUAAGAUUAACUAAGCAAUGAAGUAUUCAGUGGUAAAACAUUAUUGUAAACAGAUAACAAGCACAAAUGAGUAUUACAAAAACAGUUCGUAUGAUUGCAUGCAUUGCUGUACAAACAGUAUUUAUUUAUUUAUUUAUUUAUUGAUUUAUUAAUUUUAGUUGGUAGUACUUGUUUGUCUUGACAUGCAUAAAGAGGUUGGUGUGCCAGGGCCUAUGGGGGGAGGGGUUCAGCCAGUACAUUGGUCCAGGGCCUGGCUGUGAAUCUCUGAAGGGGCCCCAUAGUCAUAGAUGUUUUAUUUUUAUUUUUUCCAUUUGAUUUUUUGGGUAAUUUCAAAUAUUUUUACUUUGAAGAUUGAGACACUUAUGCAACAUAUGGGAAUCUUUAUUGGGGAAAUGUUUCACCACUCACUGGCUUCAUCAGUCCAAUACAAAGCAGAAAGGUGUAAGGAGAGGAGGAGUUUGAGGUAAUCAGUCCCUCAGUCUGGAGUCAAUGUAUUCAGUCCAUCAGUCUUGUAGAAUGUACAGCAUAGGGCCGUAGACGUGGCGUAUAUACUGUAGUCAGGUGAGGCGAAGCAGGAGGCAUGGUCAUAGUGGAACCAUCCACUAAUCUAAAUAGGUCUUUUUCCAAAGGUUGGACAAGUUUUGAAGAAUUCUUUGUAUCAAGAUCCCUAUGCUGUACAUUCUACAAGAUUGAUGGACUGAACACAUUGGCUCCAGGCUGAAGGACUGAUUACCUCAAACUCCUCCUCUCCUUAUACCUUUCUGCUUUGUAUUGGAUUGAUGAAGCCACUGUGUGGUGAAACGUUUCCUCAAUAAAGAUUUCCAUAUGUUGCAUGAGUGUCUCAGUUUUCAACUUGUCAUUUUUUUAAACCAUUUAUAAUAUUUUUACUUUACUUAAAAAAAUAAUUAUGUAAAAUCCAUUUAGGCUGGGGACCUCAGCCAGCCCCCAAGGGCCCCAAAGCAGUCUUGUUCUGCCUUGCAAAAUUUUUCUUGAGGCCCUGGGUGUGACACUCUUGUGCUGUGAUAGAUGACUGUAGCUCUUACAGUGUAAGGCAUCAAAUACAGUCAUGCACCACCAUGUAGCUAAUUAAAAUUAAUACCUUCAGUAUUAUCAGAGAUUCAUUCUUGCCAUCUCUAGCAUCAUUAGUAAAUCAUCCAGAGAUAAGAUGAAGUACCAAAAAUACCAAAAAAUCAUUUGGUAAACACAGAGUAAGACAUGCAUAGUCAUGGACCACCAUGUGAGCAUAUUAAAAUUAACACUUUCUUUAAUACUGUAAAGUACUUUCAGAGAUAAAUGUUUAUUCUUUGUGGCACUUGUAGUAUCCUAGUAUUUCUCUUGGAUGUCAUGGCUAAUAUUCAGAGACGAGAUGGGGGUGAUAAAAAAUCCAAACUUGUCUUAAUCAUGCACAUCUGAGUAAGGUAUGGUGCACAUCCAUGAGACAGUUGGAGCAUGGGAGGUCAUUUACAUUGUACUGUAUGACAAUAGGUCUUCGCUCCAAAAACAAUAAUUCUGCUGUAAGCUGAGGGAGGGGAAAAUUCUGUAUCUCACAGUGUGUUCUAAUAGGAAUUAGCAUGCAACAUGGGCUAAUGAUUAUUUCUCAAAUAAAUGGCAUGGUAAUGCAUGCUAUGCUGAUUUUUUCCUAACAAUGCUGGAAUGGAAAAUACAAUUUUCAUUAGUGUUUUAUUGAUAAUGUGCUACAUGAAUGUGUUAUGUGAGAGUCUACUGUAUAUUGAAAAAAUAGGACACUUUGAAGUUGUAUAAGGAAUUUGAUUUUAUCUAUAAAACCUCGUCAACCUUUCUCAUGUUUAUAUUUUAUACUUUUUACAGUGCUUUCAGUACAUCAUGUGUACAGUAUUUUUAAUAUCUUCUUACUGAAUAUGAAUGAGGAAAUGCUAUACUGUUCUCAUAAAUUGGUUGGCUGGCUUUGCUAAAGGAAGCACAUGAUGAAUAUUGUUGUUUUACUCUAUUGUGUAAUGGAUCUUAGACUACAUUUACAAGAUAAACCAUUACAAGGCUUACACUACUGCACAUUUUCUACCUUUAUAUAAUCUUUUAUAUUUUAUAUGGUUCAUCUCUUAUGUGUGUACUUUCCAAUUUAUGCAUACCAAAAUAACCCUCGAUAUUUAUAUACAUUUCUUAAGGUAGAACUCCUCUAGCUUGUGAAUUAUUACAAAUGACUAAAUUGAUGUAAUCAGAUUCCUUCUUUAUACUAUGUAGAAUCUAAACUUUCUUUUUUGAUGGUAGCUAUUUUUAUAUUAUUUUAUAUCGGUUCACUCCUGCUUAUAUUAUAUCUUCAGGAAUAAGAGGCCAAGCGAAAAUGCUUAAAACAUUCAUUGAAAAUAUUAGUAUUAUUUAGCUACUACAUCAAUAAACAGUUGAUGAUACAGCAAAGUGUGAUGAACACUUGUAAAUGAAAGGUUAGUAUCCAUAUGGAUAUCCAUUUUGACCUCCAGCUGAAGGGAAUCUCAGUUGGAAGUCAAAAUAUAAUGGAUAAUCCAUUAUACUUCUCUGUCUCCAUUUGGGUUUUUUUUUUUAACACUUCAGCCAUUUCCCACCAAGCUAGGGUGACCUAAAAAAGAAGAAACACUUUCAUCAUCACUCGCUCCAUCACUGUCUUGCCAGAGGUGUGCUGGUACUCCAGUUGAAAAACAGCAAAUAUCACCCCUCCCUCAGAGUACAGACACUGUAUUACCCACCUCCAGGACUCAAGUCUGGCUAACCAGUUUCCCUGAAUCCCUUCAUAAAUGUUACCUCACUCACACUAAUUUGGAUAUUGACCUUUCAGAAUAAUUGGUGCUUGCUUGCAUAAAAAGUACUUAAGAGCAAACAGGAAGGUUUUAUGUAAAAGUUUACAACCAAAGAUAUCAAGUAAGAAGAAGUGCGAAUAUAGACUAAGCAAAAUAUAAUUUCUUUAGCAAGCAGUAAUAAUCUGCAUUAUAAUUCUUUUGAGUGAAUAUGAGUCAAAGCUUAGAUUUACUUGAAAGCUGGUCUGCACCUCCAAUUUCAGCUGCAUCCUCAGGAAUAUUCAAAGCUAAACACUGAUCUGAUUCAGAAACCAACCUGCAAUUGCUGUUUAGCUAUAACAUGAGAAUAAUGCUCUUGAAGUUUGAUUAUUUUUGUGUGUGCUAAGUGCUAAACUGGAACUAAAUGAUGGCAAGAAUAAGUAAAGUGUUAAGAAAAAAUUAAGUAUUUUUAUGUACCUGCCAUAGUGUACUGAAAUUUUAACCCAAGUGUUGUGUAAUCAUAUUGCCCAACUGUUUUUUUUUUUUUUUUUGGAAGUAAAAGGCUAUCUAGAUUCAUUAGAAAAAAGUUAAUAAUUUUUUUUUUUUUUGCCACUGCCAUUACAUGUAUUUUUGUUGUCCAUCAAUUGUCUAUUCCUUAUUCCUCUCUUUUCAUAGAUGUUAUUGUGGUAAUGCAUAUUUCUCUUAAAGUAAAAAGCCAGUAGAGGCAGUCCUUGCUUUACAAGUAGAGUACUAUACUGUAUUUACUUUUUACAAGAAUUCAUUUUAGUGUGAGAUAUUAGCAAACAAACUUGUAUAGCUAAUGUGUGAACCUGUAUAUAUUAAUACUACUAUGUCACUCACUGGGUUGAAGGUGGGACGAGGCUCUCACGCUAGUCACACCAGUUGAUGGUGGUCAGCGUAAGUGCCUCGUUAUUUUAUUUUUAUCAUAUACAGUGGAACCUCAAAAAUCGAACGUAUCACAUAUCAAACGUUUCGAAAGUAGGACCAUUUUUUCGGACAAACUGUGUCCCUAUUAUCGAAUGCGCCCCUAUUUUCGGACCACCGGGUACGGGACCUGUCUGCCGGCCCGCUCUGUCCGCGUCCCCAUACAGGCGCCAUGAGCAGUCUAGCUUUGUUUAUGCUUGAGUGAACACUAACCUGUGCUCUCAUUCACGCAUUUUACGAUUAUUUCGUUGUGUUUAGUGCUUGUGGGACUGUGAAAUAAGCUGCAAUGGGCCCAAAGAAACUUGCUAGUGGUACCCCUGUGGUAAAGAAAGUGAGAAGCACCAUAGAUGUGAAGAAGGAAAUAAUACAAAAGUAUGAGAGUGGUGUGAGACUUGUUGAGCUUGCCAGGAUGUAUGGGAAAAAUAAGUCAACCAUCGGUUCUAUCCUGUCAAAGAAAGAACAAAUCAAGGAAGCUGAUGUUACGAAAGGUGUUAAUAUAGGGAGUGGAUGAGGUGCCUUCUUCAAAGAUUAAGGAGAUUUGUGCGAAGUGGAAUGAUGUCCAAAUGUUUGUGCAGAAGUACCACCCUGAGCAAGCUGAAACAAGCCAUCUUUGCAACAAGUUCAGUGACAGAACCAUGUCCCAUUUUAGGGAAAUGUUAAAGAGGCACCAGAAACAGAGGACUGUGGACAGUUAUUUUGUGAGACAGGGGUCCAGUGACUCUCAAGCUGGUCCUAGUGGCAUUAAAAGACAGAGAAGGGAAGUAACCCCAGAGAGGGCUUUACCUGAAGUCCUCAUGGAGGGGGAUUCUCCUUCCAAACACUAACCCCAACUCCCUCUCUACUCCUCCCUAUCUUCCAGAUGCCAUCACCAAUCUUCAAUAAAGAUAAGUAAAAAUGUUAUUUUAUAUAUACAUAUUACUAUACAUAAUUAAAAACUAUAGUAUUUGUUGUAUGUAAAACUGUAAUUAUCUCUAUAAAAUGUAUGUUUUUGUGUGAAUAUUUUUGGGUUUCUGGAACGGAUUGUUUGUAUUUCCAUUAUUUCUUAUGGGAAAUAUUGCUUCAAAUUUCAGAACUAGCUCCUGGGACAGAUUAAGUUCGAUUUUUGAGGUUCCACUGUAUAACAUUAGUUUGUUUGCUUCCUCCAAAAUAAGGUCAAAGUAACGUUUAGUAAUAAGAAAUGCGGAGAGUAAGGGAAAUUAUUAUACAUGAAACAAAAUUGGGCAUAUUUUGAUGGUAUAAUACUCACCAAAACAAAAGUGAUCCUGUCACUCUUAACAUCCAAUUCCAAAUCUUACCAUUAAUUUUUUCUAUAUAACCUUCUCGUCCAUCUCUGAUGAUUAUUCAUGUCUGUUAACUUUUCUUUUUUAGUAUUGGCUUUUUCUCACCAAUGCUAAGUGAGUCGAAGACGAAAACACAUUCACCAUCAUAAAUGUCUUUAUUUCUUGGUUUAUUUUUCUUUUGGUUAUUUCAUAGUAGGCCUGGUCAUUUUUUCUCUGAAACAUACCUCUGUGUAUAUAUUGUAAGUCUGAAGAGAAAUGUGCUUCACUUUACCAGUGAUUUUCUCAUAAUUCACCUCAUUAAGCAAUUCAAUUUGUUUUGCAGGGAUUGCCUAUACUUUUCAGUGCAAAAUAAUAAUAUGCAAUGUAUUAGAACUUUCUUCUAGCCUCAUUAGGACGGCACCUAGCAAAAUUAUGGUUGCUCACAUUUGUCACAUAUACUGUAUUAACUAGUUUCUGCAUUAAUAAUAAUAUACAAUAGUGUUGUAAUAAUAAUGUGUGUUUAAAUUUGUAAAAAUAAAUUAAAAACAGUUUAGUGAUUGUAAUAUUUAUAAAGCAGUACUAAAACAAACAUUUAAAACUAUCAGGAAGACAAGAAGGCUACUAAACUAAAGGAAAUUGUAAGUGGGCAAUAGGAUCAGGCUUAUGCGUGUAACAAGCGUUAACAUGUAUCUCAUGAAAUUCGCAUAAGAGUUUACAUUGUAUACUGUACUAAUUUAUGAAAGUUAAAAUAGAAAACAUACCUGGUACAAAUAGUUUGUAAGAUCAAAGUUGGUAAGUACUGUACUGUAUUAGAAAGCUAGCAUUAAUAUAGUAGUAAUGAUAUAAAUAUAAUUGAUAUUUAAAUCUUUUUUCUUUUUAGUAGGCUAUAUGGGAAAAGGGGUUACUAGCCCAUUGCUCCCGGCAUUUUAGUUGACUUUUACAACAUGAUUUUAGUUGACUUUUACAACAUGAGCUGUUGGAGUGUGAGCAGGGUAAUAUUUUGUGAAGGCAUUCAGGGAAACCGGUUAGCUGGAGUUGAGUCCUGGAAAUGGGAAGUACAUACAAUGCCUGCACUUUAAAGGAGGGAUUUGGGAUAUUAGCUGUUUGGAGGGAUGUCUAGGCUGUUGUAUCUGAGUGCCUCUGCAAAGACAGUGAUUAUGUGUGAGUGAUGGUGAAAGUGUUGAAUGAUGAAAGUUUUUUCUUUCUUUGUGGGUUUUUCUUUUUUUUGGGUCACCCUGCCUCAGUGGGAAAUGGCUGAUGUGUUAAAAAAAAAAAAAAUUAAAACUUUUAUCACAAAAUGCAAGAUAAGUUUUUCUUCAUUUUGGUUCUAAUGAUCCAUGAGGUAUACAAUGUAUCCCCAGCCCAUCACUUACCACCUGCCUGUAAAGAGACUUAACCAGUGUUUGCUCAGUAUACCUACUUCUGCCUCAUUUUCUUCCUUUUUUUCACUCCUGCUUUCUACGACCAGCUUCAGCCAGACCCCAUUUUUCCCAUUGGUAUACCUGGAGAGGGCUUCGGGGAUCAACGCCUCAGCGGCCUGGUCUGUGGCCAGGCCUCGUGGUGAGUCAGGGCCUUAUCAACCAGGCUGUUACCGUUGGUAGGACGCAACCCGAUGUACGAGCCACAGCCCGGCUGAUCAGGUACUGACUUUAGGUGCCUGUCCAAAGCCUUCUUGAAGACAGCCAGGGGUCUGUUGAUAAUCCCCCUUAUGUAUGCUGGGAGGCAGUUGAGUAGUCUUGCACCUCUGACAUUUAUUGUGUUGUCUCUUAUCAUGCUAGUGGCACCUCUGCUUUUCAUUGGGGGAAUGUUGCAUCAUCUGCCAAGUCUUUUGCUUUCAUAGGGAGUGAUUUUCAUGUGCAAGUUUGGUACUAAUCCCUCAAGGAUUUUCCAAGUGUAUAUAAUCAUAUAUCUCUCCCACCUGCAUUCCAGGGAAUACAAAUCAAGGAACUUCAAAUGUUCCCAGUAAUUUAGGUGUUUUAUCGCACUUAUGUGCGCUGUGAAGGUUCUCUUUACGUGGUGAGCUAGACCACACAACAACCAGCUGUCAGUCCUACACUUUAUCUAUUGACUCUUCAACUAUGACAUCUUCAAGGCCAGCCUCAUACUUUCUUGGUCACAUUAGUACUCAGUGGGUGAUCUUCCUAGCAGUGUUUGCAUGAAAUUACCACCUAAUUUAAUUCUCUAGUUUAUAAUUUGAUUCUUUAGAGGACAAAAUGUCUCCUGUUUAUCCUUAGGUAUACCUGGUAUACUUCCACAUCAGUGGCUGACCUAGGGGAGGGGUGCAUUGGGGAUGAAUAACAUUCCAUCUUCCUUGGCCCUAGGCCUCUGGGGCUCUACUAUUCAAUAACCUAUGGAACUAGCAGCUGACAUCUAUGUAGGAAAAUUACAUGGAGUAAUUACUUCCUUUUCACACAUGUAUUAUUCAGUCUUACAAGGAUACAGUGUGCUGCUUAUUUAGCUCAUGUGAUUUGGAAAGGGAUUUAGGUACUUCCAGUUUCCAUAAUUUAUUUCUGAAAAUUAACAAUGAUAAUUGGGAGAGGGUUAACUCUCCUCAACUUAAUGAGCCGUACUUAGUAUUUUUCCUGGACAGUGCUUCCUCACUUGACCAGAGUUGCAUAGACUCCAUUCCUAGGGAAUGUUCAUUUCCAGGGUUUAGCCUUUGAGUGACUUCCCACAGGAGUAGUUUCUCUGUCUUUACCAGCUCUCCCUUCUCUUGAUCCUGAGGAUGUAGAGUUGCUGACAUUAACAUAAAAAAUAAAGGCAGCUCUCACACCAGGAAGGUAGUGGUUGCACCUCAUGAAUGACCCUCAAGUCCAGUUAAAUGCUGAUAAAUUGUUAAUUGUUUCUAAGGCAAUAAUUAUUUAUCAGUUACCAAUACAUUUAAUUUAAAUGCAGAGAUCAAAUAGAUUUCACAAGUUUAAGUUAUAUGCUCAUGAAAUAAAUCUUUUAGUUAUUCUCUAUACUUUUGCAGUUUGAACAUUUAAAAAUCUGAAUCUCAAAUUUUUUUAGCUUCUGAAUUAAUGUUUAACUAAUUCUCCUAAAUCUUAAACUUUCUUUAAUUUUAGGUAAGAAGGUAAGGUAUAUUAUUGAUGAUUUGGCAUUGGAUUUGACAAAGGUAAACAGAAUUCUUUAAUAAUUUGUUGAAAAAAGAAAAUGAAAAUAUUGUGUAUUACAGGAAAAAGUACAGUACUGUAGUGUAUGUAUAUCAGAUACAUUGUGCACCUUCAUACUGUACAUUGGAAGCGAUCAUUGAAACAGUAAUGAUAAAGGGCUGUUUUGACACGGUUAUACAACAGUCACAUAGAGAAAAUAAACUUUAUAUUUGUUUCUUGGAAAGUAACAUGUGAAUGUUCCUUUCUACAUAACAGGAGUAUAUGGCUAGCCAAUAAUCAGAGUUAGUCCAAUAUACUGCUAUUAGUGUCAUUCUUUUUCACUUAAUGUAUUGACAUACAUUAGUGACCAACUAAAAUUGGAUUUCUGGUUGUCCUCCCUUCGUAGGUGCUGCUUAUGUGAAACAGUUCUUGCACACCUGUGUAUUUGUUACACCAGACUUGCAUAUGGUCAUCAAAAGGAGGGGUACCCAGUACAAUUCUGCAAGAGUUGUUAGGGUGCUCUGAUAGUCAAUCAUUUUACCUCUUGUUCCAUUCUUUAAGAAGCAUGCCGACUUCAUUUUAGACAUCUUUAACUCGCUGACAUCCUCCUCUUGCUCUCCUCUCAGAUAGUUCAAUAUAAGUAAGGAUUCUCUCAGUGAUUUUUUGACUUAACAACGAUAUGCUAUACUGACUGUGAUUCCUAUUUGCCAUUGUCCUUUCUUUAACACUUCUACUUUUUUCUCUACUAUCCCCACACUUUUGCUGUAUAGUUGUGAACUAUUCCUUACAGGUUUAGUACUUCAAGAAUACUUUAAAAAUUCAUGGAAAGGAAAUAGACAAAGUAAUUAAAUGAUGUUGGAGCCCUAGGUCAUCUAUUAAGUACAUAAUAAGGGAUUAUAAGACUAGCUGAUUUAUGCUUAUAUGUGAACAAACUCAGGCCAGAGUAAGACAUAUUUUUUGUAAAUAUAGUGUUCUUAUUGUAAUUAUAUUAUUUAGAUUCAGAUGUUUAGAGUUUCUAUAAUAAGUCAAAUAAAAGCACAUACUAAGUAUUAGCAAGGCAUGACAAUAUAAACAUGAUUUCACACACAGUGGUUUACAAUAAAUCAGAUAACACAUUUUUUUAACAAGUGUUUCUGUGAAGCCAUGUUCAGGGAAAUGUUAUGCUUAGGUUGUAUUGCACAUACACUCCACAUCAUUUCUCUAAGUGGUUCUAUGCUGAGUGUGAUAUAGUGUAUUGUGCGAGAUAUUUCUUUGUUGGUUAUCAGAGAGCUUCAAAUAUUGUAUAACUUAACCAACUGUGUAAAAUGCCUGGUGGCUGUAAUGGAAAUUUUCUACUCUAAGUGUUAUUUCUUAAAUACAAUGUUGAAAAUGUUUUUCAUACUGGCAAAAUACUUGAAUAUGCA